AUGGAUGCUAUGAGCCGAGCAUUGCGUAAAGCUACUCGAUCACCGUUUUCGGGAGAUAUCGAACGGGCACCGAUACCGAGUAGAUUUACUAAACCUCCAUUUAACUUUUAUGAUGGGAAGAAGGAUCUGGUAAAGCAUGUAAGCCAUUAUAUCCAGAUGAUGUCUUUGCACAGUCAUAACGACGCACUGAUGUGUAAGGUGUUUCCUUCAAGUUUCGGGCCCACUGCUUUGAGGUGGUUCAAUGGGUUGAGGAAUGGCUUGAUUCAUAGUUUUGCUAAGCUGAUUCAAGAGUUCGAGGUCCAGUUUAUGACCUAUAGCAGGGUACCGCAGCUAGUGGACGCAUUGCUGUCUAUGAAAAUGGGAGCCGGGGAAACUCUUUGCAAUUACACUAGCCGGUAUUGGGAACUGUACAACAAGAUUAGUGGGGGUAAUGAAAAAAUCGCAGCAAGCAUUUUCCCGUUGGGAUUGACCAAGGAUUCUGAAUGA